AUGUCUGAUAGUUUUGACAUUUACAAGUUUCUGGAAGACUACCAGAGAUUUCCAUGUCUCUGGCUAAAAAGUGACCCAGAUUACAAAUUACGACACAAACGUGAUUCAGCUGAAGAACUUCUUUUGGAAAGUUCUGGCCUAGGAACAAUAAAAGAUCUAAGGAUGAAAAUAAGAAGUAUAAGAUGUACAUAUAAUCAGGAAGUUACUAAAAUCAAUAAGUCAAAGUCUACAGGAUCUGGUACUGCAAAUGUUUAUGUUCCAAAACUGCGGUGGUUUACGUAUGCUGACAAUUUUUUGAAAAAAAACAAGGAUGGUGUAAAAGAAUCAGAAACAAAUAUAGUACGUUUUUUGGAAAUAUAUUUAUUUAGUUUCAUUAAAUAUGGAAGUAAUGGAAAAGCAUCGUCUCCCAAAAGCACAGACUCUGUUGGUGUAUCCAAUAUGUGUUCUUCUAAUGCCUUUUUUAAAGCAGAUUUGGCAAAUAUACCAGCAUCAGAUUCACAGCACCUUCAAACAGUUCAAAGGACAAUUCUUAGUGGUAUAAAUAACAAUAAUGAAAUUACAAUAGAGUCUGAAAGUGUAUGCAACACUGAUAUACUUAAUGAUGUGAAUACAUCUCCAGCUCAAUUAGUUAAGCGCUUAAAGAAAAAAAGUGGACGAAAUUCAAAUAAAAUAUCAAAGAUUGACUCAUCAUUAGACAAUGCGGUUGAAACAUUAAAAGCUGUAUGCAAGCAAAAAGCAACAACAAAUGAAUUUAAUAUUUUUGGUAAUCAUGUAGCAGCUCAGUUGGAAAAAUUACCACUAAGACAGGCAUUGGUAUGCCAAGAAAAGAUACAAAAUAUGUUGACUAGUGCUCGAUUGAAUACAAUAUCUAGACCAUUAUCACCAGUAUUAAGCGAAAAUAUACAAUCAUUUGAUGAUGAUUAUGAUAUUUUAAGUACAGAUAAUGAUACAAUCGAAAUAGUGCCGCGCUUCACUCACCCUUUAAAUGAAUCACGGGAAAAUGCUCAACUUUCUUCAAAUAUUGCAUUGAACACCUCAGGUACAAAUUCACUUAUUGAAGAUUUUCCGACCCUGUAUAUGUACUGCAAUGUUUUAUAA